AUGGCGUCCGGAGGAACGCAGCAGCGGAGACUACGGGCCGUCCUGGCGGCCCUGGCGGCGUUGAGCGCCGUGCACGCGGAGAGAACGCCCCGACAGGCCGCGCCUCAGUGCGAGGACAUCCGAGUCCCCAUGUGCAGAAACCUGCCCUACAAGCAGACCAUGUACCCUAAAGGCACGGGGAACGCGCUGGGGCACCGGACUCAGGAGGACGCCGUGCGCUUCAUCGCGCAGCACCAGCUGCAGCGCCUGGUGGAGUCCGACUGCUCCCCGGACCUGCGGCUCUUCUUCUGCUCCGUCUUCGUGCCCGCAUGCACGCCGACUGGCGAGAUCGUGCCGCCCUGCAGGACGCUGUGCCAGGCGACGCGGCAUAGCUGCAGGGGCGUUCUGCAGCGGGAGAACAUCCGCUGGCCGCGGGAGCUGCAGUGCGGGCGCUACCCGAUCCCAGGCACCGGCAAAGGCUGCACGGAAGGGCUGCAGAGCGCGCAGCAUUCCGCAGGAGGUCAGCACCAGGUGGGGAUAACUCCUCUGUCCGCCAAUGACGAAGAGCCCGUGAUGGUGCACACUAUGGACUACCUGACGGAGUUUAAGAAACCUUCUGCCGAACUGGUAAGGGGAGUUCGCGGACAGGCCGUCCUGCUGAGGGGAAAGUACUUGGAGUCUGACCAGCCGCUGAACGUCUGCGGGCAGAAGUACGUCUUCUGUCCGGACGGCUUCGCGGUGGAGUUCUGGAUGAAGCGGUGGCUGAACGACAAGAGACCGCACUACUAUGUGGACAUCGGCGGGGACAGGACGGAGCUGGCCCGAGGGUUCACGUUCCUGCGGGCCCGGGACCAGGUGGACCGGGAGGACCAGUUUACCGUGCAGGUCAGCGGCAGUAGGACGGCGCAGAGAGGCCGCGUGGACAUCCCGCUACAGACCUGGACGCACGUCGCCUUCUACUGGAAGGAGGGAACCCAACUCACCAUUCUGGUCAACGGCACUCGUGCUGGGUACAACUUCGAAGAGCGCCGAUUAAAGCCUCUGACCAGAAGGGCAACGGGAAACCCGUACCGGCUUUUCUACGGGACGUCAGCGAUGCGGCCCGGAGGCAUGACGCCGUCAUAUACCGCCUUGGACGAGGUGAAGAUUUGGGGCUAUGUCCGCCCGGAAGAGGACAUCAAGCAAAGUCUGGACGAGUUCUUGGCUGAUACCGAAGGUGGGACUCCUAUCAGAGGAAGCAUCACUCCUGGAGGGGGAGGAAGGAUUACCAUUGGAGGUGUACUAACUGGCGUCCACGGUGGUAGACAGACCAUCACACACGGCGGGACUACAACCACUAGUGGUGAGAGGAUCCUACAGCUUGGGCUACAUUGA